GGGGCCCUGCGCAGGCGCGCUCGCGGCUGUCGGGGGCGCGGCUGGCUCGGCGGGGAGGCCUUUCGCGGGGGGACCUUCCGGCGCCGGGCCAGGAUGGCGACGGACGGUCCCUGCGAGCUCCCGGCGCCGCCGGCGGGCGGGCUGAGCCUGGGCCGGCCUCCCUCGGCGCCCUUCCGCCGAUGCAGCCCUUCCAGGGGCGCCGCCCCGUCGAGCGGCGGGCCUCCCGCGGCGCUGCCCGGGAAAUGGGUCCGUCUGAACGUGGGCGGCACCUGCUUCCUCACCACCCGGCAGACGCUCUGCAGGGACCCCAAGAGCUUCCUCUUCCGCCUCUGCCAGGCCGACCCCGACCUCGACUCCGACAAGGACGAAACAGGUGCCUAUUUAAUAGACAGAGAUCCAACCUAUUUUGGACCGGUACUGAACUAUCUCCGACAUGGAAAACUGGUUAUCAAUAAAGACCUGGCAGAGGAAGGUGUGCUUGAAGAAGCUGAAUUCUACAACAUCACAUCCUUAAUUAAACUGGUGAAGGACAAAAUAAGAGAAAGAGACAGUAAAAUCUCACAGGUGCCAGUCAAGCAUGUUUACAGAGUGCUACAGUGCCAGGAAGAGGAGUUGACUCAGAUGGUCUCCACCAUGUCUGAUGGCUGGAAAUUUGAACAGCUAGUGAGUAUCGGAUCAUCCUAUAAUUAUGGGAACGAGGACCAGGCAGAAUUCCUCUGCGUUGUCUCCAAGGAGCUGCACAACACGCCCUACGGCACAGCCAGUGAGCCCAGCGAGAAAGCAAAGAUUUUGCAGGAACGAGGUUCGAGAAUGUAAUUGCGUCACAGUAUUGAAUGCAGAAGAUUGUUUUAUUUGCAUCACCAUACAAAGAGGCUUGGCGCCAAGUGGAAGUCUCUUGUGCAGACAAGAUGGAUUUGUAACCUUUGAAAAUGUUGUGCCCGGAGCAGGCCUGCGUUGCCUGCAUCGUUCUGACCCCUGGUUGUGCAGAUGGCGAUUCCACGGAAGGACUCGGCUCUCCUCUCCGCUUCCGCCCUGUAGAGCUGCAGCACUUUCUCCAGUGCCGGCCAGAGGAAGCUGUGCUGGUUUGUGGGAAGCGAUUGGGGGCUUAGUUAUUGCAGGUGGUUAAAGGACAACUUAUUGGUGCUACUCCAGUCCGUAUACAGGCCUCUGUUACUAGCAGCCUCUGUGGACUUCUCCUACACAUUCCUUUGCGGUUCUCAUGUAAGAAUGUUUUAGGGAAUAAGUAUUCCUCUGUCGGGAUAAACGAAAUACGUGUUUCUCUCCUCCCUGAUUCCUCUCCCCUCUUCUCCUUGCUUCCUUUAUUACCCAAAGGGGAGAAAUCUCUUUUUGCCUGCAUUUCUAGAGUUGGCCUUGAUUGCUUGAUUUUACCAACGUCAGCGUUCAGUUUGACUACACUUCAGGAUUGAAGACCAGUUUUGUUUACAAACGAUACAUCUUGCCUUUCAAGUGCAUGGCUGCCCACCAUGUUUUUUGAAAAUAUCUCCAAAUAUUGAUAGUGGCAAAGCUGAAGUUAGGCCUCAGAUUUCAGUCUUAAUGGCUGCUCGGUCCAGAGGGUCGGGAAUGAAGAUCUGUGUGCCUGAAAGCAUAGAAUUUAUGCAGCAGAAAGUAGGAAUUCUUCUGAUUCUUAAACAGAUGUUUACAGUUAUUUCUAUAUUCUUAUCUAUGCAGUUCUUUCUAAUGUUUUGGCAAAUACUGUCAAAGCGAACCAUAGUUUCAUUAAGAGAAGCUUCUAAUAAAUGUGAAAAAAUACAACUGGAUCUUUUUAGAGCACUGUGUUGAAAUGGAACCCUUGGCCUAUUUCAGAAUAGCUUAAAGAGGAAUCGACUUCAAACUUCUCUUCGUUCCUUAGAGAGGAGCCCCUGCUUGUUUGAGACUUUAAAGCAUCCAACCCAUAUUUUAAACUUUCAUUAAACAACUUAUGGAAUACUUGUUUUAUAAUUUACACGUACUGUCUCAAACAUAUCUCGUCUGCUUGCAUUUGGUAAAAUCUUUGGGCCCAAAAGAACGGGCAAGUUGGCUACAUUUUCUAGCCUUCCGUUUGGAGAUGGCAUUAAGCAGCACAGGUGAUUUGCAAGGCUUUCUCAGUAC